AUGGAGGCGAUGAUGGAGUCCGGAGGCAACGGCGGCGGCGGCGGCGGAGGAGGAGGAGGCGGCGGUGGAGGGUUGAAGGGAAAAGGAAGGCCACAAGAGCAAUUGAACUGCCCAAGAUGCAAAUCAAGCAACACAAAAUUUUGUUACUACAACAAUUAUAGUCUCACACAGCCGAGGUAUUUUUGCAAAGCUUGCCGCCGGUAUUGGACGGAGGGUGGUUCCCUAAGGAAUAUUCCGGUCGGAGGAGGGUCCAGGAAGAACAGGAAACCGACCGGUUCCGUUUCUGGGUCGGGUUCGGUUCACCACCCUCAGCCGCAGCCGCAGGUGUAUCAAGCGCAGGAUCUGAAUUUGGGGUUUGCAACGGCGGAGGCUACGACGGCGAUGGAAAACGGCGGGCACGGAGGAUUCGGUUGUUACAUACCGAAUUUGAUGCCGUAUUCGGGACGUGAGACGGCGGCGGUGGAAGAGAAUUCCGGUAAUAAUGGGUAUUGGAAUGGCAUGUUUGGUGGAGGGCCGCCAUGGUAG